GAUUCUUCGUCUUCCUUCCCGAAAUUAACCAAAAAAAAAGCUUGAAAAUUUUGGAAGAAUCUGAAGCAGAAUCUAACAAGAAACUGGAAUUUGAGAAGAGAAAUUUCAGAAAAGAAGUGAUUGAGAUCAAACAAAAUGGGAAGCGCACCAGCCCAGAUUCCAACUAGCUUUGGCCAUGAGCUUAGGGCUUGUCUUCGUUGCCGACUCGUCAAAACCUAUGACCAGUUCAGGGACGCUGGGUGUGAGAAUUGUCCUUUCUUCAAGAUGGAAGAGGAUCACGAGCGUAUUGUGGAGGUUACUACUCCUAAUUUCAAUGGCAUAAUCUCUGUGAUGGAUCCAAGUAGAAGCUGGGCGGCUAGGUGGUUAAGAAUCGGGAAGUUUGCUCCUGGUUGCUACACUCUUGCUGUCUCAGAGCCACUCCCAGAGGAAAUGCAGCACUUAUGCCAAGAAGAGCGUGUACAAUACAUGCCCCCGAAACGCAUGUGAAGCAAAUCCAUCAAGACAAAGACCAAGUACUGUAUUGCUCUUUCUUAGGUCCCUCUUUCUUAUCUUAGUAGCUUCAUGUAACAUUAUCAGGUGCUUAUAUGUAUCUUCGAUGUUGUGAUUGGUCCAUGUUGAAAAUCUCCAAGAAGUCUUAUUUCUUCCACUACCUUUGUUUUCAUUCAUAUAAGGUCGUUAGAGCACCUCCAUCACGGUGUUUAACCCA